AUGCAGAAUACUUUUCUCAUUCUUGUCAUGUCUCGCCGUCUGAGCACCAUACAUGAUCUUGCGGCGCUUCGCCUUCACCCCGACUGUACUCGUGUGGUCAAUGAAACCGUUCCCAAUUUGAGUCUACGACAGGCACGGUAUACCGCCUACGAUGUCCGCGGGAACUGGUUCGCUCGAGAUGCGGGUGGGCGCAUCGGUGUGCGAAAGACUAGGACGCGGGGUAAGGGGAAGGGAAAGGCUAGGGAAGGAGAGGAGGAUGAGGACGGGGAGGUGUUUGACCUGACUGGGGUAAAUGGUGGAGAAGGGGACUCGCUGGUGGACGAGGGGAAAACUGACGAGGAGGAUCCCCGUGCGAGGAAACGGAGGCGGUUCGCUGAGGACCUGAGUUUCCUCGAUUCUCCUCGCUCGUCCUCCGUCGCAGGUUCCCUCCCACCGUCGGUCCCAGAGGUUGUACUCGGCGAGUCCCAUGAUGUCGCGCCAACGCACGCCGCGCUAAGCUCUUUCUCCUUCUCCACGCCCUCGUCUGAUCUCCUCAAAUGCAUUCACCACUUCGCGAGCACGUACUAUACCGCUGCCGGCCAGCUAUACGACGCGUCCCGCGAGGCCCGCAGAGAGAAACGUCGCAGACGCCUCGCGCGCGCCGCUGCAGGCAACCUCGCUGACGAACAUGAUCACAGCGACGCAGAAGAAGACGAUGAACAAGAGAACGAAAACUCCGACUCAGGAAACGAAGACGGGGACGAAGAGGGUAGCGAUACUGAGCAGGAGCCCGACGACAGUGCACACAUGCGCUGGCGCACGCACAAGCUGCUCACCGCGCGCAAGGACAUGUACAAAAUAUUUGACGGGUCCGCGCUGAUGGUGCUUGGUAUGCUUUUCCAGGAGCACAUUGCCGCGCUCUUGCGUAGCACCCCGCCUGCCGGGUGGGAAGACUCGGCACCCCCGCGCAAGUCUCGGAAGCGUAAGCGGACCGCGGAAGAGGAAGAUGCGCCAGCCCAGAACACACUGAAGAGUAAGGGUAAGGAUAAAACUCAGGGCAAGGGAAAGCCAAUGCGCGGCCGAAGGAGUAAAGAUGAGGAGAGCGAGGCAAAAUCGAGCGAUACGGACACAAAUGGACAGGCAUGCGGAGAGGAGGACGAUGACAGGGACAAGUGGUCAACGGAGGAGGAGCAGAGUGCGCGCCCGCGACGGUCGAAUCGGACACGUUCCUGCUCUUCAGCACAGACUGGGAAAAAUUCGCAAGUGCCAUUUGUAGAUGACAAUGAGGACGAUGAGGAUUAUGUCCCGUGA